AUGAAAUGGCUGCGCCUGACGCCACGGCAGAUAGGCAGCGAGCCGGCUCGACCAGUCAACCAAGUCAAUGCGGUCAAUCUGGUCAACCCGCUGGAACCGGUCAAUACGGUCAACCUGGUCAACCCAGUCGAAGGAGCCAAAUCCGCAGGGGAGACUGUCAGGCCGUGGGCGAACGCUCAAGCCGCUCGCUCCCUGCCCGUGGAGCCAGCCGUGGAUGAAGGAUCCGCCAUACGCAGCAACGUGUACGAUCUACUCCGCGAAGCACGCCGCCAAUGUCGGGCUGACGGCGCCGAAAGCGGCGACAUCUGCGGCGUGGAAUAUGGCGGCGUCGGCUCCCUCACCGAAUGUUGCGGAGGCGGCCAGUGCGCGGGGAACGGCGGCAACGGCGGAAACGACGACGGAGGUUGCGAAAGUGGAGUCUGCGGGCGGGACGGCUGGCGCGAGCGGCCCGCGGGGGGACAGCCGAGCCUGGAGGCUCGGUUCAGGCUGGGAAAGGAGCUGGGGCUAGGCCAUUUCGGGGUGGUGCGGCUCUGCGAAGACAGGCGAACAGGGGAGAAGUUCGCAUGCAAGACCGUUCUCAAGUCGCAAAUAGCAACUCCCGAGGCCAUGCGCGAGUUACGCGCGGAGGUGCUGAUUCCGCUGCUGUUGCAAGCAGCGCAGAGGAAAAUGCAGGCGCAAGAAACGCGCGGCGAAGGAGAUGAGACGCAACAGGACGCGAGGAAAGAGGCGGAAGCAGGGCGCAACGAAGGCUGGGACGAUACUGCGCGCGGAGAAGGAGCGGGGGAAGCAAUGCGCGAGGUAGAGGGGGAGCGGCGGAAUGGAGUGAGAGCACACGGGGAGAAAGCGGAGAUUUAUGGGCGGGGUGUGUCAGCAGCUCGGUGUUUGAAGUUUGUGCGGGUAACGGACGUGACUGAAACGGAUCAGAGCACCGCCAACCGUCAUCACAACAGCGACGCGGAUGAUCGAGAGGCUGGGUGUACAAAGAGGAGUGAAAAAGAAGUUGACAGUACAAAUGUGAAAAACUAUCAUAAAGAAGGCAGUAAUGAUUAUUACAGGAACAGGCAUGAAAACGGGUUUGUGCGAUUGGUGGAUGUUUUUGAGGACGAAUCUGCAGUGCAUAUAGUGAUGGAGCACUGCGAGGGAGGAGAUUUGUUUGAACACGUGGCACGACAUGAGAGGCUCGAUGAACGACAAACUGCUACCAUAAUGAGGCAAAUUGCAACAGCAGUGGCAAAGAUGCACGAGAUGGGAGUAGUGCACCGGGACUUAAAGCCCGAAAACAUCCUCCUUACAAGCACAUCCUGUCACUCGGAUAGUCAUCUCUCCACCACCGACUGCUCCCACGUGGACUCUGAGAAAAAAUCACCUGCUGACCUCUCCCUGCCCUCGUUAUCAGCAGCCUCGUUGACACCACGUUGUCUCACAGUUAAGAUUGCAGAUUUUGGGUUGGCGAGAGUCUUAAAACGAGGAUGCAGGCUGCAUGGUUUGGUGGGAAGCCCAUUCUACAUGGCUCCAGAGACUGUCAGAGGGAGGGAGUAUGGUCCCGAGGUGGAUGUGUGGAGUUUAGGUGUGAUAAUGUACACUUGCCUUUCUGGUACACUACCGUUUUUCGGUAAAAAUCAGAAUGCGGUGUUUGCUGCGGUUUGCAGGGGAGAGGUUGAUUUGGAGACGGGCAGUCACUGGCCGUUGAUCUCGCACGAGGCGAAGGAUCUCGUCCGUCGGAUGCUGGAUGUGGAUCCCAAUCGACGGAUUGGAUCGAGCCACAUUGUCCAGCAUCCAUGGUUCAAACGGGUGGGAGCUCCUGGUGCGUUCCCGGCUCAGUGCUCGUUGACCGAGGUAAAGGCCAGCCAAUCACAGCGCAGGGGCAGGUUCAUGAUAUUUUCUGCUCCGUCUUCCCCGGUUCCUGUGGCACGUUGCAUGAAGAAUGUUGAUGGUGCUGGUGGUGCAUCUCGGUUAUCGUUAUCAUCUAAGGAUGAGACGAUCGAUAAAGCUACGGAGGAUGGUGUUUUGGGGUGUAGUCCGAACUCUGUUCUUGAUGGUAUUAACUUCGGGGAAUAG